ACAAUAGGUUCCUUGCACAGAUUCAUGCCAGGAGCAGAUAAUAAUACUAAUAAUAAUAGUAAUUCCCAAUACAAUAAGGAUGCACAUGCUUUGAUACAUAUGCAAGUAGAAUAGUGACAGUGACAUCCCAAACCCAGUGGAGUCAAGCCAUGCCGUGCCAAUUCGCGCUGAAAUUGUAUAGUGGAAAAGGGCCAUUAACAAACUGAAGUGGAUCUAACAGUUCUACCUGCAAUAAUCUCCCGCUUGAUGAGCUUCUCGAAAGAUUUCAUGACAUGUCAGAGUUUCAUAUAAUACAGUAAUUCAGAAAUGACACUAUAGAAGCACCAAUUAUAUAUAAUGGUUGACCAGUAAAGUUCACUUACUUGAGUGAAGAUUAGCAACAUCCAGAAACUAGGUUUACAUAUGUGUGGAGGACGAGAAUACAUUUUUCUAUCUUUGAAUAAAUGAUGAUUACAAAGAUGGUUGCAAGCUCAUCAUUAAAAUUUUGCUUACUACUGAUUCCCUUUUUCAAUAAUAUAAAAAUUAAGAAUAGAUGGCCAAACAAUCACACAUGUUCUGUAGAGGGUGAGUUCAAAUGUUGAUGUUUAGUGAUCUACCAAAUGACAUUUAGUAAUUUUUCCAUUUUCUUUCUAUUUUUUAAAGCGACUAUUUAGAUAGUUGAAAGGUGAGAUAUUAGUCAAUUGUAAGCAAAAACAUUUAUAUGAAUUAAUUUACUCUCCCAUUUCAGCCUGUUCACUCAGCUGCAGUUUAAAAUUGUUUGAGUUAUCAUAUCUAUUCAUCUAUUUAUAGUCUUCAGUGUGUCCAUUUACAAACAUACUGAUCUGAAACGGAUCACAAACAGUUGCACUGUGAAGACAAAUGACAAAAGAAUGAUAUGUAAUUGACACUUGACGUUGCUGAGGACCUGCCCCUACUGCUAGUUAUUCUGCUCUGAUAGGUGAUGUGCAAGAAUAAACAUGAUCAUGAGUGAAUAAAAUGUGUGAUGUAGUGAAAGGACUGAACUCAGAAAAGGGGUAAAGCAGAGGAAAGUCAUGAGGAUAUUUUUAGACAACAAGUUUCUCUUGCUAAUGUUCUCCUGCUUUUCUUCUGCUGUGUCCUCCUCCUCUUGUCAGUUACAGGAACAGUUUAAUCUGAAUGGGAUGCACAAAACUGGAGAUGUGAUUCUAGGUGGACUUUUUGCAAUCAACUUCUUUUCUGCUGAUCCUGACCUCACUUUUACCUCAGAGUUACAGCUACCUACCUGCUAUGGUUUUCAUGAUAUAGGAUUCAGACAGGCUCAGACCAUGGCUUUUGCUAUUGAUGAGAUCAACAGAAACUCCAACCUGCUGCCUAAUGUGACUCUGGGAUACAGUCUGUAUGAUAACUGCCUACAAAUAGGAAUUGGAUUUCGUGCAGCACUGACCUUAGUCAGUGGUCAAGAAGAGCAAGUUACAUUAGAGGAGAACUGUGUAGGAACUCCUCCAGUCCUAGGAAUUGUGGGUGAUGCUACCUCUUCAAAUUCUAUAGCCAUUUCUACAGUCUUAGGUUUGUACAGAGUGCCUCUGGUGAGUUAUUUUGCCACAUGUUCCUGCCUGAGUGACAGACAGAAGUUCCCAUCUUUCUUUAGGACAAUCCCGAGUGAUGCUUUUCAGGUGAAUGCUAUGAUUCAGAUUCUAAAACACUUUGGUUGGACUUGGGCAGGUCUGAUCAUCAGUGAUGACGAUUAUGGAGUCCACGCUGCCCGAUCCUUUCACUCUGAUCUGGGUCCAGCUGGUGGAGGUUGUCUGGCUUAUACAGAGAUUUUGCCCUGGGGUGACGACCCUGCUGAACUAAGGAGAAUAGUGGAUGUGAUGAGGAAAUCUACAGCUCGAGUGGUGAUUGUGUUUGCCAAUAAGAGUCGUAUGAUUAACCUCAUGAAAGAGGUGGUCAGGCAGAAGGUGACAGGCCUGCAGUGGAUUGCCAGUGAAGCCUGGACAUCAGUUGAUGUGCUCCAGACUCCCCACUUCAUGCCGUACCUGGGUGGAACACUGGGCAUUGCCAUCCGUCGAGGAGAAAUACCAGGACUCAGGGACUUCCUGUUACAAAUACAUCCAGACCCACAUCACAACAAGACAGAUGAAAAUAACAUGGUGAAUCAGUUUUGGGAACACACAUUUCAGUGUAGAUUUGCACCACCUCCAGCAGGUUGGGUGGAAGCUGGAGGACAAUUAUGCACUGGACAGGAAGUUGUAGAGAAUGUGGAGAAUGAGUUCUUUGACGUUUCAGACCUCAGGCCAGAGUAUAAUGUGUAUAAGGCUGUGUACGCUCUGGCAUAUGCUCUUGAUGACAUGCUGCAGUGUGAGCCAGGGAGAGGACCUUUCAGCAACAACACCUGUGCUCAUUUACAAAGACUGGAGCCAUGGCAGCUUGUUCAUUACUUGGGAAAAGUGAACUUCUCCACAACAUUUGGUGAUGAAGUGUCAUUUGAUGAGAAUGGUGAUACCAUACCAAUAUAUGACAUCAUGAAUUGGGUAUGGCUCCCUGACAGAAGUACUAAAGUCCAGAUUGUGGGUGAGGUUAAGAGGUCAGCCUUCAAAGGUGAAGAACUCACACUGGAUGAAGACAAAAUCUUCUGGAACUUUGAAUCUAAACAGCCUCCUCGGUCAGUGUGCAGUGAGAGUUGUCCUCCAGGUACCCGCAUGGCCACAAAGAAGGGGGAACCUGACUGUUGUUUUGACUGUGUCCCUUGUUCUGAGGGAGAGAUCAGCAAUGCGACUGACUCCAUGGAGUGCACCAGUUGUCCAGAAGAUUUCUGGUCCAGCCUCCAGCGUGACCACUGUGUUCCUAAGAAAACAGAGUUCCUCUCCUACCAUGAGCCUCUGGGUAUCUGCUUGACAACCACCUCACUGUUGGGCACAUUUAUCUGUGUUGUUGUUCUGGGCAUCUUCAUCCAUCAUCGUGGCACACCUAUAGUUCGUGCCAACAAUUCAGAACUCAGUUUUCUUCUCUUGGUGUCACUCAAAUUGUGUUUCUUGUGUUCAUUGCUCUUCAUUGGACGACCCAGAUUAUGGACUUGCCAACUAAGACAUGCAGCAUUUGGCAUCAGCUUUGUACUUUGUGUCUCAUGUAUUCUGGUGAAAACCAUGGUGGUUCUGGCUGUGUUUAGGACCUCCAAACCAGGAGGGGAGUCCAGUCUGAAGUGGUUUGGUGCUGUGCAGCAGAGAGGGACAGUUCUGCUUCUAACUUCUAUUCAAGCAGCAAUCUGCACUGCUUGGCUUGUCUCUGCAUCACCAGCACCUCAUAAAAACACCCAGUAUCACAGUGACAAGAUAGUUUUUGAGUGUGCAGUUGGGUCCACAGUUGGUUUUGCAGUUUUACUUGGUUAUAUUGGUCUACUGGCUGUUCUCAGUUGUUUGUUAGCUUUUCUAGCGAAAAAUCUUCCAGACAGUUUCAAUGAGGCCAAACAUAUCACUUUCAGCAUGCUGAUCUUCUGUGCAGUGUGGGUGGCCUUUGUUCCUGCUUACAUCAGCUCUCCAGGCAAAUAUGCAGAUGCAGUGGAGGUAUUUGCCAUCCUGGCCUCCAGUUUUGGCCUCUUGAUGGCACUGUUUGGACCUAAAUGUUACAUAAUCCUGUUGAGACCAGAAAGAAACACAAAGAAAGCCAUCAUGGGUCGUGGCACCACAUAGUAAAACAGUGAACACUGCUGUCUCUCUGUCUGACCACUGUAUUUUAGAUUUGACUGGUAUUUAUACAGUCACAAUGCAGGCAAUGAAAUUGUUAAUAAAAUACUUAAAUUAA